AUGAAAUCACAUUUGAACAUUCCCGAUACCUGUAACCCGUUCACCGUCUGCUGGCCGACAAUGCCAUUGAAUUCAAAGACGCUGGCGUUGGCUCGAAAGCUCAGUCAGCACUUUCCCAAGUUUCUUGUGUGUCAACAGAAUUGUCAUUUUGAUUCUAGAAGUGUUUCAUCUCUGUCAAGCCGCAUUCGAAAAAGAAUUAAAUCUAACGAACAAAGUGAUCAUAGUUCGGAGAUGGAAGCAGCAACACGCACGCCGCGCUUUGUGGUAUCAAUUGAAGGAAAUAUCGGCAGCGGAAAAACGGAGAUGUUGAAUUAUUACCAGAAAACACAAAAUUGUGAGAUCGUUCCAGAACCAGUUGAGAAGUGGAGAAAUAUUCAAGGUUACAACGCUUUGGAGCUUAUGUAUGAGAACCCAGAAAGAUGGGGGAUGGCACUUCAGACCUACAUUCAGCUAACAAUGCUGCAAUUGCAUAAGUUACCCCAGGAAAAGCCAGUACGACUCAUUGAAAGAUCAAUCUUCAGUGCCAAGUAUUGUUUUGUUGAGAAUCUCUUCAGAAGUGGAAAAAUGCCAGAGAUUGAAUACCUAAUACUCACUGAAUGGUUUGAAUGGAUUAUCAAGACACAGAAUAUUCAGCUGGACUUGAUUGUAUACCUGCGGACAGAUCCUGAACUUCUCCAUGAGAGAAUUAUGAGGCGAUGCCGACCUGAAGAGAAAUGCAUUCCACUUGAUUACCUAAAAACUUUGCAUCAACUUCACGAAGACUGGCUUCUACACAAGAAGUUCCCUUGUCCUGCUGAAGUAUUGGUAAUUGAUGGUAACUCGGCACUGGAAAAGAUGCCAGAGUCGUAUGAACAGCACAGGAAUAAAAUUGUUAAUCCGCUAACCUACUGA